AAGAGGAAGAAGAGAAGUCAACAAAUAAUCAACAAUCAACAUGGCCGCUACGAUUUACUGUCGUUGUGCUGGAUCGACUGGACAAUGUUGAAUUUUAUCAUGACCGAUUAUUGUUGAUUGAUUGUGAUCAGUUGAAUACACUUGUCGAGUGCACCAAUUACUAGGUGUUUUAGAUGAUCAUCUAGUGAUGGAACUCAGGGUAGGUAAUAAAUACCGGCUGGGGCGUAAGAUCGGCAGUGGAUCAUUCGGUGAUAUAUACUUGGGUACAAAUAUUUCAACUGGAGAAGAAGUAGCAAUCAAAUUAGAAUGUAUCAAAACAAGGCAUCCUCAAUUGCAUAUAGAAUCCAAAAUUUACAAAAUGCUCUCAAGAGCACCUGGGAUACCUAUUAUAAAAUGGUGUGGUUCAGAAGGUGACUACAAUGUUAUGGUUAUGGAGUUACUUGGCCCUUCCCUAGAAGAUUUAUUUAACUUUUGUUCUAGAAGAUUUUCUAUUAAAACAGUUCUAUUAUUAGCUGAUCAACUGUUGGAUAGAAUAGAAUAUAUUCACAGUAAAAACUUCAUACACAGGGAUAUCAAACCAGACAAUUUUUUAAUGGGGUUAGGUAAACGAGGUAAUUUGGUUUACAUAAUUGAUUUUGGUUUGGCCAAAAAAUACUGUGACAGUAGGACAAAUGAACAUAUAAUGUAUCGAGAAAAUAAAAAUCUCACUGGCACUGCCCGUUAUGCUUCCAUUAACACACAUUUGGGUAUAGAGCAAAGUCGACGUGAUGAUCUCGAAUCUCUUGGUUAUGUAUUAAUGUAUUUCAAUCGUGGUUCUUUACCUUGGCAAGGUUUAAAAGCUGCUACAAAACGUCAGAAAUAUGAACGAAUUAGUGAAAAGAAAAUUGUGACAUCAUUUGAAGACUUGUGUAAAGGCUAUCCAAAUGAAUUUUUAACUUACCUGUUAUACUGUCGUGCAUUGCGAUUUACUGAAAAACCAGAUUUUUCCUAUUUAAGACAGUUAUUUAGACAAUUAUUCCAUCGUCAAGGAUUUACAUAUGAUUAUAUAUUUGAUUGGAACAUGUUGAAAUUUGGUGCUAAUGGUACCAGAUAUACUGGAUCUGAUGAUCAAAAAAAUGCUUCGCAUCAAGAUAGACGUGCUAUACAAGAUGGUAGCUCUCCUACUACCAAUGUUGUACCAUUAAGCAGCCGAGCCCAGGCUGAUCAGAGUGGUAUUAAAAAUUUUUUGUCCAAAGUACCUUUAGUUCCAGAUAAUUGUUCAGGUGUUAUUCAACCAUUACAAUCAAGAUUACGUUAUAGUGCUGAUCCUGGGUCUGCAAGACCAGUUAGAACUCAAACACGCAGUUCAAAUAUGGCUACUCCAGAUUCACCUUCUACUACACAACCUCUGCAAACCAAUGUCUCCGGUCCAAUUCCACCAGCGUAAGCCCCAAAUCGGGUCAAAACACUGGACAAAUUGCCAACUAUACAUCAACAUAAUAAUUACCUAUGAUUGAAUGAAAUUGUGUAAAUAACCUAGCCGAUGUUUUAGAUUUUUUUAACUAAGAUUUAUAAUUAAGAGUUUUGUAUAUCAUAAAAAAUUAAAUCUAACAAAUAUUUGAAAAAAAAAAAUUUGGGGAAAAUAUAUUGUAAGUAUAUUGUGAUACAAGAAUAAUUGAUAAAAUCCAACAAAUUAUGUAAAGAUCAUAGCACUAUUUCUAACAAAAUUAUAUUGAUUUUCUUAAAUAAAUGCAAUGAAUAAUUAAUUGAUCAAAUAAUUACUCAAAUAAUUUUAAUCAAAUUUUUUUUUUCAUUAUUAUUAUUUACCACUAUAAUACAUUUUUACUUGAGAAAAGAGUUAAUUUAUAUACGUAAACUCUUAAUGUUUCAGUUUGUUAAUUACAACUAAACAGCUUAAACAUUUUAUUUGAUUUUGAGUAUAUUUGAAAAGUAGAAUUUAAUUAUAAACAAUGAAUAUUCAUUAAUGAAAGAAACUUAAUAAUUUAUUUUGUAUAAUUGAUCUGUAUUUAAUUUUUGUAUAAUAUAUAAUAAUUAUGGUUAAUAAUAAUGAAUUUGCAUUCGGGAUAAAAACAGGUUGAUCUCUACAUAAAUAUGUAAAGGCAUUUUAUAUUCUUAAUAAAUAUUAUAUUGAUUUUUAUGGUGCUUAAGCCCAUAAUUCUCCUAUAUAAUUUAGGGUAAAUCAUUGACUGAUUGUAGAGUUUUUUUUAUAAAAUUGUAUAUUUUAUUGAUAAAUAUAUAUUAUGCAAUUCAUCCCAUGAUUUACCCUAUUUAUAAAUUCAAUAAUAAUAAAUUCUUUAAAAUCUUCUAAAAGAUACGAAUUAAUUUAAUUUAACAGUGGUUUUAAAUGUUAAAUAUUUUCAUUUUGUUUUUAAAUUUGUGAUCUAAUAUUGGUUUGUAUAAUUUGUGCAAUUUAUUUAUAUCUAUGUAUUUAAUGUUCUACAAAUUUAAAUUUCUAGAUGUUAAAUAACCAACUGAAAUUAUCUGUAAUGUUGUUAAUUUUUAUUAUUAUUUUAUUAUCUUCAAAUAUAUCUUUUUACUUUCUGUACUGUGGUAAGAUCUAUAAAAUCUAA